CAGUGACCCAGUUUCCACCGGGGUGACCCCACCAGCAUAUAUAUAAAUGAAGGAGCCCGUAGCUCCUCCUGUCAAUCAUCCUCCAAUACGCCUUCAACAUGAAACUGAUCAUCUUCGCUUGUCUGGCCGUCGUGUCCCUGGCCGCCCCCAGGCCCGACAAACCCGUCCCAGCCCCCGCUCCCUCCUACGGCGCCCCCUCCCAGAGAUCCUUCGACCACUCCGCCGAAGCCAUAGCCAUCCUCCGCGACGAGAGGCAGAUGUCUGACGACGCCACCAGCUACAACUUCGCCAUUGAGACUGAGGACGGAAUCCAACGCGAGGAAUUCGGUUCCGCCAUCGACCACGGAAGCGCUGAAGGAGCCGUCGCUCAGAGCGGAAAGGUCUCCUUCACCCUCCCCGACGGCCAACAGUUCGAGCUGACCUUCGUGGCUGACGAGAAUGGCUUCCAGCCCCAGUCUUCCUUCCUGCCAGUCGCUCCCGAAUUCCCCCACGAGAUUCCCCAGUUCGUCCUCGACCAGAUCGAAAAGGCAAGACGCGAGGACGAGGAAGCUGCCCGCUCCGGCCCACGAAGCAGCGGUGGACCAUCCAACAGCUACCAGGCCCCUUUGUAAACAGCUUCACCCCUCAGGUACCAUGCAGGCCCUUGAACAGCUGCAGGCGUCCUAUGCAACCGAAUCCCAUCGACAAACUAUUCUUAACUUAUGACUAUUUAUUUUUAUGCCAAUAGUUAGAAUAAACAUGCAAGUCUA